ACAACACUAGCUAACAAAUUGUGUGUGUUAACUGCAUACUGCAUCUAUUGUUCCAGAAACUUAGCGGUAUUUCUUCGUCAUGCCCCAAUGAGUAUUGAUUAAUUAGGGACUAGAUGACCCAAAUUAGUAGGAUCAAGUAUGGGAUUCAGACACAUGAAGCUAUUCAAUCAGGUAUUGCUGGUGCGUCAAGCAUGGAGGCUUAUUCAAAAGCCAGACAGCCUUUGUGCGAGGGUGUUAAAGGCAUGUUAUUAUCCGAAUGGCCGUUUGGGUGAUACUGUAUUCACAGGGAAUGCCUCACCCACAUGGCACGCCAUUGAACACGGCUUAGAACUCUUGAAGCAAGAGCUGAUUUGGCGUGUAGGUAGUGGACAUUUGAUCAGGGUUGGAGAGAUCAUUGGAUUCCAAGGAAUACCUCAUGCAGGGUAAUUAGCAAACAAAGAAUUGCAGAAUUAAGCGUGUUUCGGCAUUCCUGGAUGUGAAUGGUGCUUGGGAUAUAUAGAAACUCAAUCAAACCUUCUUGCCGAUGGAUGUGAAGGACAUUGUAAAAAUCAAAACUUCAUGUAGAGGUGCUGAUGAUUUUUUAGCUUGGCACCCAAAGAAAAUUGAUCUGUUCACAGUGCGGAUCGCAUACAGACUAGCAGCGGAUAUUAAGAGGCAAGAUGAUGGGGGCAAGGUUGCUAUCUCACAACUGGAUGGUUGCAACCCAUUGUGGAAUCACAUCUGGAAGUUUCAUGUUCUGCAGAAGAAAAAGAGGAUAUCUACCAUGCUCUAUGCCGCUGCCCAAACGCUCAAGCCCUAUGGAAUACCAUGCGCCACGUAUGGCGUUUGUCGUCGGUCGAGGAGUUGCGAGUCACAGGGCUGUAACCUUUCUCUGCAUAGGAAGAGCGAGAGGCUUCAUUUCUUUGAAUUGCAAGCAUUCCCAGGUGGAGCAAGGGAUGACACCAUUGCCAACAGCUUUAUUCGGCUAUACAGUGAAAUUCAAAGAGUAGUGGAGGUACACAGGACAGGAGAAAUUCCAGGCCAGUUCACCAUCGUUAUCGACGAUGUCUCACUUUUGGAAGUUGCUGCCCAUGGUUCCGUAGAUGAUGUGUUCGACUUCUUGCAUUAUUGUGUCACUCUUGCAUCUGAGAUGAAUUGCUCGCUGGUGAUCCUGAUCCACGAGGAUAUAUAUGCAAGCGAGGAGAGCAUGGGUCUCCUCUUACAUCUGCGCUACAUCGCAGAUCUCGUGAUUAAAGCGGCACCUCUGAGCACUGGCUUGGCUGCUGAUGUUCAUGGACAGUUGUCGGUGGUGAACAAGGGCAUGUUUAGCGAGCAAAGGCCAAAAGCGCAGAGAGUUUGGAACUUCCAUUUUAAAGUGAAGGAAAACGGUGCUGACUUCUUCUAUCCAGGGAGCAGACAUUAGGAUUUGGUAAGCCUUGGAGAAAUAAAUUUGGUCAUGUACUUGCUGCUGCAAGGGACCGGUCAGUCGGUCACAGAGGGUACCGGGGGUUGUAACUUGUGUAUUCCGUCUGUAAACCCACCCUGUAUUUCAGAAAAACUGUCAAUUUCUUUCGCAAAUUGAUUCCGUUCGGGACAUCAGAACUCA